AUGGGUGGUCACCUCACGAUUGUUUAUGAAUGUGUCCUGCUUCUCCAGACCUCCUGGCUGCUGUCCCUCCGAGGGGAGCUGGUGGCUUCUUUAGAAGAUGCCAGCCUGAUGGGAUUAUCAACACCAUGACUACCACGUGGACACCACCACCACACCCUCACCGUCCAAAGCCCAAAGUGAAACUUUGUCCAGAGGCAAGAUAUCACAAGUGCUGGCCACCCCGCGGGGCUCCGGCCUCCCUGGCUGGGGAGCGGCUACCAUGCCUACUCUUUAGGGGCCCUAUGUCCUCCAGUGUCAUCCCAGCCAGCGUUGAAGGUUUUAGUUCACAUCCCAAAGCAGAGACUGGGUCUGGUCAAAAGAGGUUCCCACUGGGAGGAAAGCCUGAGCCGAAAAGUCCUCUGAGUCCAGCAGUCCUGUACCUUCACAGUGACUGAAAACAGGAGCUUGGUGGUGGUCAGCGUCCCCGCGGCUGGGAUGCUCCGGGUCCAGCAAUGCCAGGAGCCCCAAGGAGCCCUGGGAACGCAGGCUUUUAGGGUGGUCCUGAGCCUGGAGUUUGCCGAGAUGGCUUCCCCCCUCUGGACAGUGGAGAGCUUCUUCCAGUGUGUGGGUGAGCGUCACCAGGAGGUUGUGCCAGCUGGCCCUGUGGUUCCUUCUCCCAUGACAAAGCUUCCUUUCCUGGGCCUGACAGGUCCCACAACCAACCGAGGAAGCAAUGGGGGUCAGGCACACUGGCUGGAACUGGCACAGGAACAGGAGUGCCAUGGAAGCCACGUGUGAUGUGGUCCCUGGCUUUAGAGUCAAACUGCCAGGGAGGGAGUGGGGGGGCACACCAACUUUCUAGCUAGCUGCAGGACCUCAGUACACGGCUUAACCUUACUGAGACUCUGCAAAAUGGGAAUAGCGGCACCCGUUGUGAGAACUGGAGACGGUGGGAGUUAAGAGCUUAGUGGAGUUCCCCACACGAGAUGAGCCACUUCCGUUUCGAUCGCCCAGCUCUCUGUGUGGGCUCUGGUUCCUCGGGUCACUUACCGGAUGGAGUAGACUCCUUGGCAAAGAGCACUACGCGAUGCCACUUAUUUCUUAACCUAAGACAAACCCUCUUCUAAACGCACUGUGUGUCUUCCACGCCAGGAUGCUGGGAUUUGCAUCUUGAAAGGGGUUUUGGUGAAAGGACCGCUACCAGACAACCUGGAAUUCACAAAACCACCAGGAGCAAAACCCACUGAAAUACAGCAUAAGGAAAUACACAUAAUUCACAAAUGAUGUCGAUCACUUUCAUCUUAGACUUCCUAACUAUCCUCAAUAGAAGACAGACGCGAAGGAGAUUUAAUUCAGAUGUUAAUAGCGCAAGAAUGCCCCGUUCCCAGGAUAUGAUGUUUCGGUGCUGCAUAAAAAUGUAAUUAUAUUCAGAACUAUAUUUAAAGAUUAAAAGGGGGACUGCCUACCAUCUAGCCCCAAAUUCUGAAUUAGAAACAAAGGAAAAGGCGGGGUGGAGAUGAGUUCUAACAGUCUGCUAAAUAUGGAAAUGUUUCCUGAAAGUUUUUACACAUUUCGGCUGUUUUUAUUUUACAAGUUUCCUGCGGCGAUGACGUUGAUUUUGGAAAGGGAGGGCCAGAACUUUAUUCAGCAAAUAUUUACUAGGUAUUUGCCGUGAGUGAGGCCCCGUGCGAGGCCCCAGAGGGAACAGAGGCCACCAGAUUUGGACCUCGCUUUCAAGUACUGUCCAUUCUCAAAGGGGAGAGAAGAAAUGUUCAGAGAGUUGUAAUGGAGUGCCGGUGGCCUUUGUCCUGGGCUUUGAAGAAUGGGUAGGUUCUCGAUAGAGACUUAGUAAAUAAAAUACAAAAAUAGCUGGGCAACAGCAAUAAGAACAUUUUAGGAAGGCUUUUUGGCCUCUCCAGAAAGAUUUACAGGGGGAAAGAAUGUUCUCGUCCUCGUUUUAUUAAUGUAAUAUCAGCAGCCAGAAUGAAUCUCUCCCCUUGCUGGUCCCCAGCACACCUUCCCUGCACCUCGUUUCUAGGUCUUUCUAUUCUUAUUACAGUUAUUAAUGCAUGUUCCUGUCUCUCCCUCCAGUCUGUGAAUUUUUUACCAUCAGGGGCCGUGUCCCGUUCAGCGUUUUACUCUUCAUGGGUCUGAUCGUAGUGCCUUGCCCUUGGUAAGCACUUAUGUCCAGAUGCUCGCUAGAGUGAAUUUUCACCAGAAAUUAAAUAAAAAGUUUUAGACAAAGAGCAUUUCUUUGUGGUAACAUGUGGCUAAUAUGUUGGAAUAUUAAGCUUGCCUAAGCAAUUGAUGAUUAUAGAUUUUUUUUUUAAUCUCCUUCCUCCCCACCCAAAAGCGGUUAGAACCUAUGGGAGAAAUCCUGAUUAUUUAAGAUCAGAGGUGUCAGGAGCCAUGGAGGCAAUGGAGUGUCCAGCCUAGAGAAGUGAAACCCAGAGGAGGGGUUUUAGCUACAGCUGUUUUACAUUUUAAAGCAGGAGUUACUGGUGAAAAUGCCCCUAGGGGUCAGGCAAGGGGUAUAACCAAUGAGGGUAAGAAAACCCACGGCCCAAGUGUAGGAUGAUGAAGGCUGCGAAGCUCAGUGUCGGAGACACAGACCCCUUUAAAGAGAGCAGCCUGACUUAGCUGGAGCUGAUUCCUGCCUUGUAGGGAGGCAGGCCAGUGUGGCCAAACCUUCUGACUUUCCAGAAGAAGCUGUUUAUAAAAUUUUGUCAGUUAAUUUAAAAAAUAUUUAAAACCCUCUGCGGGCCAAACCAAACAAUGUCUAAGGGCUAUAUUUGACCCGUGAGCCAGAAUUUGCAAGCUCUAACCCAGCGCCUCUCAGCUGGCGGUGGAUUUUGGCCUCCCGGGGGAAAUUUGGCGAUGUCUGGAAACAUCUUUGAUUGUCACAACGCGGGGAGAUGCUACUGGCAUGUGGCGGGUAGAGGCCAGGGGUGCCGCUGAGCAUCCGACUGCACAGGAGCCCUUUCCCACACACGACAAAGAGCGAUCUGGUCCAGGAUGUCAGCUGGGUUGAGGCAGAGUCUGGUUCUGUGUGGCUCCUGAGGCUGGGCUCAUGGAUUUGGCCUCAAAAUAGGGAAUGUCCUGCGGAUGAAAUCGGCUGGUGACAUCAAGCAGAGAGGCAGAGAGUUGGGGCUGGGUGCUCUUUAUAGAAAACCUGAAAUUCCGUGAUUCAGUUUCAAGAAAAGAUUUUGAUGCCCACAUCAUCUUGAAAAAGGACUCCAGGUCGAAGGUCUGUGAAAUUCAACAAGCGAAGGCAGUUUCUGACUCAGUGCUUGAACUUGACCUCUGAAGCCUCUGUUUCCCUGUCGGUAAAAAGGGGACCCAUGUGGCCCCUCCAGCAGGGAAUCGGGAGGAUUCUGUUUCCUUAGGAGAAGCACUGGUUUCUCUUUCCCUUCUGGGUGGCUCAGGAAGGGAGUUGUCUGCCUCAACUGCCACAUUGAGGCCCACUCCCUCCCCACUACCCCCAGGACCAGAGACCCCUCCAGCAAAAAUGCCAUUUGCUGCCUUUUCCCAGGUCCAUACUGCAGGAUCAGCUGCCUUCAGGGGCCUCCAGGAGGGGCUUUCUCAGAGCCUUGCCUGUCAGCCUUCACAUGGACUGACCGAUGGACGUCCCCGGCCCUGUCUUGCAUCCAUGGUUUCCCCUGAAUGGCCCACCCCCAUGAGGCAGUGGUGAACCCAGCCAGGCAUAAGGCCCCUCUCUUUCAGCAUCAUUCUUCCAAAGGGAGCUGCACUCUGACCUCUGGCCAUGUCUCCUCCUCCUCAAAUUCAGACCAUUCCCCAGAGAAGGCGGGGGACCCCUGAGAGCUCCCGCCUGAGGGCAGCCCCACUCCCGGCUGUCCUGCCUGGCUCACAGCCUCCCAGGGCCUUGGGGCCAGGCACAAGGAGGUGGUGGGGAGGGUCAGAGGCUGUGCACACCAACAGGAGGGAAAUUGAGGCACGUCUCAGAGGACCUUGUUGCCAGGGCCUGGGAGCCAGGCCUGGAGAAUCAGUCUGAGAUUGCUGCUGCCACAGGCCCUCCUCUGGGCUGCCAUCCUCGGAGCACCGAAGCCACAUCCUCUUAUUUCUGAUGCUUUUGCUCUCUCUCUGCUGCUCUCCUGCUGAGGAAGGGGCUUGGACCAUUCCUGCAAAUGGCUAAACAUGUGGAGGAAGCUGGGAAACUAUUGGCUCCCUUUCCCCCUUUCCCAGAGGAUCAGCGUGGCCCCUAGGCCUUCCCCGGGAAAGCAGUGCUACCUGGAUCUGCUGCCUUCAGCUGCAAUGACCUCAGAGUCCACAGUAGCCGUCCAGGCUUCCCCGCCCCAAGGCCUGGACCAUGCGUUUGUCCUCAGAUGUCUCCUUUUCAGCUGCCCCUCUGGGGGUCCAGCAGUCCAAAGUGUUCUCGGCCUCAAGGCCGUCUGUUACCCUGACAGUUUAGGCCUGAGCAGAGCCCUUCCCAGCCACCAGGAAGGCCCCUCCUGCUGGCAGGUUGUUACAGGGAAAUACAGCUGCCUAUGAGCCCACACGGGGGCCCCGACCAGGCCAGCAAGGAGGUCCAGCCACGGACUAGGCUCUGGGUGACUGGCUAGCUUGAGAGGUACUGGGUUCCCACUGUCCCCCUGGAGACUUGGGAAACGUCCUCUAGAAUGGAGGCAGCCGGGACGGGGCCAGACGGCACCUGGACCUGUCAUUCCGGAGUCAGGACAUGGAGGGGCCAAGACUCACCCUCCUGCUGGGGACAGAUGCCCCAGUCACUGCCCCAACCGUGAACACUUCCAAGGUGUG